AUGCCACUGGACGUGGUCAUUAAAGUGCCGUCUUCCUGUGCUGAUCCUGCGCCUUUAGAAACGUCUACGCUCGUGCUUCUCCAUCACAAUGGUCACUUUCGUAUUCUUGAGCGUACUCUGCGUGAUUUUUUACAUCUGGAGCGUCAAUUACAGCUCGAAUCUCAAGCCAAAACGUUCUUUUCAGACUCUGCGUCCAUAUCUUCAUCCUUUGAAGCUUAUUGUGAUGCAAAACGGAGCUUUUAUCCAUCCAAUCAGCAUGGAAUUCGAUUGGCAAUUACACUGGAGACAUUCUUAAGCCGUUUAACGUUAAACUCCGAGCUUUUAACGACGUCUCUUGCUCUGAAAACGUUUUUCGAUGGAAAUUUAUUGACAAGUCAUAAGACUACAGGACGGAGCUAUAGAGACACAGUGGAGGCUGCAAUGGGGUCAGAGGAGAAGGAUAUGGAGCUAGGGAAGGAGAGAGUAGCUGCUGGCUGCUCCAUGGAACGGCACAUUGCUGUGAACGUAGAAGAAGAGAAGCAGCAAGUUGUGCUCUGGAAGUUUGUAUCACAAGGCACAGGAUUAGUCUUUAGUGCUUUGUUUUCAAAUGAAGAUGAAGGAAAGUGUGUGGAGAUGGAUCCGUACAGUGUCAGUAAUGACAAUGUGGUGGAGAAGAAGGCAAAUGAGAUUGAGGUGGCACACUACAAGACUGACUGUACCUUUAAGACGGAGGAUGGUGAUGUAUAUGGACACUAUGUAGCUAAAAAGAAUGGGGUGGUGACACUAUUAUGGGAGAAUCUAGACAUGGACAGUGUGAUAUCCAAGUCAUUACAGUUUCAGGCUACAGUUGUAUCGCUCAGUGCUGCGGAAAAGAUCUUGGAAGUUGCAAACGCUUUAAAAACUGUUGAUACACCUGAGUGGUUGCAUGAAUAUGUGGACAUGUCGGAGAUUACGGCAGUAGAGGAUCUUGUAGGGUGGGAGUAUAACGAAAUUGGAGAGGUUGUUGAUGAACAUGAAGCACAUGACGAUGACCAUGCGGGCAGAGAUCGUGAUGUCGAGUCACAAAUACAGUCUGCUGUGCUGGAAGAAUGCAAUCACGAGCUUGAGGCGCAAGUGGCCCGUCUUGAAGAAAAUCUGACGACCACGAAGAAGGAACUCAAGAACGCACUAGACCGCGUGCACAUUGCUGAGGAGAUUUACAAAGCCAAUUUGGAGACUAUUACGCAACUUGAAUGUGGAACCGUGAAUGGCACCGCGCCAAAGUCAUGGAGGGUCCCAACGGCAUUGCCUGCUGGGUCCCAUUCUGAGACACUUGAUCUCAAUAGUACUCAGACGGAAGAAACGCCCUCGAGUGAACUGGAGCGUAUGCAACAACUAUGCGCUGGUUUUCAAGAGCAGUGUCUUUGGCGGUCCGUGGAGAACAUGGAGCUUGAGGCACAGCUUGCAGCGUCACAAGUCGAGGCGUCAUCGUGGCGACAAAGACACGUUGAGCAAGCUGCACAAGUGGAAGAGUUGGAGAAACAAAAUUGCAUUUUGCGCAAGCACAAGAAGAUUCUAGUGCAAGAGGUGAAGCGUUUGCAGCCGUAUUCACACGUAAAUCUAGCAGCAUUAGUGCAGGAAGCACAGGAAGCUCGGAUGGUACAACGCAGUCUUCAGGCUCAAUUGGAUUCCCAUGAACUCCUCAAGAGCGAGAUCAAAGUCGAUACAAGUCCAAUCGAGUCAGAACCUGCGGACUUUGUUCUUGUUGAGGCUUCUGACGAUGAGAACGUCUUUGAAUAA